AAGAGGAGGAGUUUAAUAUGUGGGCGUAAAGUUUACUUUCUCUUUCAGAUCUUUUUAACAGUAUCCACAUACAAAAAGGAGAUUUUAUUAUUUGUCAUGCUGUAAAGGUUUCUCACAUUGGACUCAAUCAUGGAGGAGAGCUUCCCUUUUCAUUACUAUUUAUUGGAAUACCUGUUUACUUUGAUGGGAUUGUUACUUUUUCUGCUGGAUAUAGCGCUGGACAUUUGGACUGUUGUGUCAUUUUAUCAGAAUGGGGACUAUGUGUAUAUGGCGGUAAUGAUCUUUCUGCUGCUGGGCUCUUCAGUAUUGUUACAGGUGUUCAGCUGGCUCUGGUACUCUGAUUGCCUGGAUAAGCUUGAGACUAAGGUGGAGACAUCUGCAAAAAAACUGAUCAAACCAUUUCACUUCCUUCAGCUUGGUGUCUACCUCAGGUAUGCUGGGGUGAUAGAGAUUUCGACAAAGCAUUUUCGUCAAAAAACUAAUAGUUUCACAGAGGGUAUGGCUGUGUACUUGAACCAUGACCUUCAGAUGCUUCGUCUAUUUGAGGCGUUUUCUGAAAGUACCCCACAACUCAUACUUAUGAUGUCUGUAAUCUUACAGAGAGAAGAGCUGGAGCUUACCACAGGUUUAAAAAUCCUCACAUCAGCUGCUGCAAUAGCCAGUACUGUAGCUAUGUACCACCGCAGCAUGCGUGCCUUUCUUCAAGAAAAACGCAAGAUGAGCUGGAUCUCUACUGGUGUCUACUUCCUGUGGAACUUGUUGCUGAUCAUUCCCCGUGUAACCGCUCUGGCACUCUUUUCCGGUGUAUUGCCAUGGUACAUCAUAGCUCACUUCCUGUCUUUGUGGAUGCUGCUGGUUUUAGGGGCCUGGAGCCAGAAAACAAAUCUCAUGGAACAUUCUGGUUGGGAAUGGCUCUACAGAGCUACUGUUGGACUCAUCUGGUACUUCAGCUGGUUUAACAUAUCAACUGGAAGCAUAAAAUUAAAGACUGUUCUCUAUUAUAGUGUCAUGGGGUUGGACACAACAAUGCUGCUGGGCUUCUGGUGCUGGAAGGUGUUUACGUAUUCAGGCCGUUGGAGCUCCUUAAAUCCUUACAUUGUGACCCCGAUAUUACUAGGUUUGUACGUUUCUGGAAUUAUAUUGAAAAUUAUAUAUUACAGAUGGUUUCAUCCUAAUUGUGAUGAACAGAAAUUAGCUAUACCCAGUGAACAAGAGAAUAAUAGACAACCUGCAGCAUAUUAUGACCUGGAGACAGACUCAUUGGAAGCUUCACCUAAAGCUAGAGCUGCAGUUCCUGCUCAACCUGUCACUGGAAUUCUCAAGAGGGGGAGGACCAUGGCUGCUAAUUUCUACUACUAGUUAUUAAUUAUUAAAUUUUUAACCAACCCCCCAGUUCCAUCAUAAAUUAUUUAAAUGUAAUUAAAGUUUUAUUUAUAAAAAAAAAAUAUUUAUACACAGAAUACAUUUUGUACAAAAAUAUUUUUUUCUGACAAAAUAGAUUUUAAAAAUAUAUUUUUUUAAUAUUUAUUAAAAAAUAAAACACUUUGCAUGAAUAAUAAAGAAUGAAUAAUACAGAUUUUCUUUUUGACCCAUUCCUGCAUGCAACAUGCUUUUAGCUUUCAAAAUGUAGUUGUGAUCAAAUCAUGCACAUUUAAUACAGCAAGAUGGUUAAACUCAACUGAUUCUGGAUUACUAUUGGAGAGCAAACUACACUAUAAACCCAAAAAAUCUGUAAUGUAUGGUGGGGGAAAAAUGCGGCGGUUGCCAUAACUUCAUGGUAUAGCAAUAUUUCAGGUUUAUGGAUUUAACUUAAAUUGUCUUUUUUAAAAACAAACAAACAAACAAACAAACAAAAAAAUGUAUAUUUAAUUGAUACAAUGUUAAUAUACCAACCUACUGAUUCUGGAUGACUAUUAGAGAGCAAAGUUAUAGCCUACAACAUACAGCCAGACAAUGUUAAGUUAAAGAGUUAGUUCACCCAAAAAUGAAAAUUUUGUCAUUAAUUACAACAAAGCAUGCAGUUCGCAAUGUGUGGGUUGUCAUCAUUAAUUUUGAACACCCCUGAGGCUGACAUUGUUUCUGCUGCUGCCGCCGGUGUCUCUGUGCACUGAAAUUUCUGUCUGUGACGUCACGUGAGGUAUCGGUCUUUGGUAUCGGGGGUAUUUUUACGAGUAUCCCUAGUUUUAAAUAUGUCUUUUAGUAGCUUUCUGGGCAUUGAAUGUGUUAAUUGUCUUGCUGGCAAUGCAGGCCUCACUGAGCCAUUGGAUUUUAUAAAAAAUAUCUUAAUUUGUGUUCCGAAGAUCUUACAGGUGUGGAACGACAUGAGUAUGAGUAAUAAAUGACAGAAUUUUCAUUUUUGGGUGAACAAACCCUUUAAGAAAACUGUUUUGGUGGCUUUAUAUAGAAGAACAACAUUGCUAAGAGGAAAGAGUCAUUGAUAUGUAUUUUUUUUAAUGUAUUUUGUAUGUAUAUGUAUAUGUAUUUUGUACAUUGAGGUAUUUCUACCUUGCCAUAAAGUAUUCUAUUAAUUCUGUUCUUUCCAA